CUGUUUGCACGUCGCAGGUUUGCGUAAAGGAGGCAGCAACGUCUGAAAAUGGGACGCAUGCUAACUAUAGUCAGUGUCUUUGCACACUGUUAUUGUUUAGUUUGUCUCUCCACAAUGACAUCAGCUGAGUUAUUGCGAUGUCUGAUUCAUUGCACAAACUGCACGUGGAAGGAAAAGCCUAAUCCUGUCUGAAUUAUGGUCCCCUUGGCUUUUGGAUAUUUAUUUCCCUUUAUCCCUCCUUUUCAGAUUGAAGACUUGUGAGAGGAUUUAACUGAGAUUAUGAGUAGGGAUUUUGAUGGAUUUUCUUCAUUUUAAAAGUCAUUAAUUUAUUGUGCUGCUACUCAUUUAAUUUAUUUGCAAAACUGCAGAUUAUAAAGUGUUGAAUGCCGCUUCCUAUAAGUAUGUAAGUGUAUUAUUUUAUUGUCUAGAGCAAGACGUGUGUGAAGUUUAACUGUGAACACGCAGCAAGAGUUUACUUUGGCACUAAUUGUGAAUUUCUUUGGGCCAGUACAGAUUUUUCAUCCGUUUUUAUCCUGCUGAUACAGUUUUAUCUCCAUGAACUAAAAUGAACAGAAUAAAUAUCUUGACAUUUAUGAUUCUGGAGGAAGAAACUUCCACAUUGAAGUUAUAACUCUUCUUGCUUAUGAAACUUAGGACACAGCAAAGGUGCAUUCAAGUGCUAAAAAACAAGACAUGCAGACAUAGUCAGAGUUCACAGUUCAGAAUUAAUUGAAAACAGUGGAUGUUGAUUUUAUUUAAAUAUCCUGUUUGAACAAAGUACAGUUUGAAGAAAUUAGUCAUAUUUGCAAUCCAAAUGUGAAUUUCUGCUUCCAACAUUUCCUGCAUGUCCUUUUUCAUUCGCUAUGUUUCCUGUUUCAAUUUCUUUCACAUGUAUUUCCAUGAAAACUUUACAAUUUUCACGAAACUUUUCAGUGUGAGCUAAUAUCACACCUGCAUUAUGAGAAUCAGGAUGUUAUGUGCAAAAAUGAUUUGUUAUGAGAUUGUCAUAUUUGCAUUAGCUUUAGUUUGGCACACCAUGAUGGUAUGAGGCCAACAGUAAUAUAGUAUUUGCAAAGGCCGUUCCCCAUAAAGUUGUUUUCUGUGUGAGAGGCUCAGCCCCCUCAGGACAGCUGCUUCCCGCCCAUUAGUUCAGAAUCUGCCCCGCCCCUCUGCUGUUUCACUGCUUUCAUAACACCAAGCUCACUCGAGCUGCUGCUGUCGGACUGGCUGUCCCGGUGCUUAAAGACUGCUUAAACACAAGGAGGACCGUCCUGUCUCUGCUGGCCUUUUCUCUCUGCUGAAGCAGACCACCAGAGGAGAGGACAGGUUAUUCAUUACAUCGUCACUGGUGUCCGAGAGUUCCGUCAGCCAGAGCCAGCAUGGAGGAAGAGUCUAAACAAAGAAGAAUGACCAUGGAUUUUUCCCAGCUGCACACAUAUACGCCUCCACAGUGUGCUCCAGAGAACACCGGCUAUACUUACUCUCUCAGUUCCAGUUACUCCACUGCAGCAUUAGAGUUUGAGAAGGAGCACCAGAUCGCUCCCGUCUACGAGUCGCCUAAGAUGUCACGGAGGAGUCUGCGCCUGCAGAACAGUUCCCGGCAUUAUGGUAGCGAAAGCUUGGCUGAUUAUUCCCAGAACCACAGCAGCAGCUACGCCAGCACCAGGAGAGAGACGCGGACGCCUCGGAGCAGGAAACAGCUGCCCAGCUCCAGCUCCCUGUCUCUGUCCCUGAGCCAGAUCGCCACACCGAGACAAACCUUGUCCUUCUCAGCUGUCAGCACCCCGAUUGACAACAGCAGAGCUGAGGAGAGCAGCAGGACGGCCGAGGUCUCAAAUCUCAACACGGCAUAUGACCAGUCCCACCUGAGACACCGUACCAUCACCACCACCACUACUACAACCACCACUGUGGACGGGCAGUGGGGACAGAGCUCCGGUCACAGUUCAUCCAGCAUCAACGGCGACGCCAGCUCAUCAGGGUCCCACACGCUACUCGCUAAUGGCUACAUCUGCAAAGACUGCUCGUUACACUCUCAGAAGACGAACUCCUCCAUCACACGGACGUCAUCGUCGUCACUGUUGUCGUCAGCUCAAGCAGAAGGAGAACUCUCCACCAAUGCCCUGUCCUCCCCCUCUUCACCUUACACCAGCAUCUACACCAGAGACAGGAGUCGGAGGAACAGGACAGGAGUCUUGAUGUCUGUGUCUAACUCGUGUUGGCAGUACAGCAAACAAGCCCUGGCACCCAUCAUCUCCGUAGUCUCCCUUUUCUUCAGUAGUGUGGUCCGUGUGGGUUCAUGGGUCAAAAGUUCAUCAGAAAAAGGCAUGUCUCUAGGUGUCCUAGCAUCGUUUUGGGACUCGGUGAGACAAACGACUUCCCUGAGUUUGUCCAAACUUUGGCUGCUUAAGCAGACUGCUUCCCAAAGGACCAUGAGCUCCAAGGCGGCUGCCUAUGAAGAACAAGCUCACUCGAGUUUCUGUGGAAGCAUGAACGUGAAGGAUCUGGUGAAUGAAGACGCAUCUCAUCUUAAUCUCAACGGUUCCCUGUGUGAUGACUGCAAAGGGAAGCAGUACUCUGAGACACACACCACCCUCCUCUCUCAGUCCUCCCGCUCCCAGUGCCUGGUGGGGGCGCUGUGGAGCGUAUUAACUUUUGCAGGCUGUUGCCUCCUGCUGCCAGCGUACGGUGUGGUGAGAGCAGGUAAAGCUUUGGGUUCAGGAGUCGGAGCAGCAGCACAGAGGCUCGUCUCUUUUGUCUGGAUGCUCCUGGCGUCUCCAGUGAAUGGAUGCAAGGGACUGAUGUGGUUUCUUGCUAGAGGAUGGUACCUGCUGGUGUCUCUCAUGUCUCUCCUCAACGUCUUCUUUCUGACCCAAUGCCUUCCCAAACUCUGGAGGCUCCUGUUGCUCCUUCUGCCUUUUUUACUCCUCCUACUUUUGUGGUUGUGGGGUCCCUCCGCUGCUGCCCUGCUAGCCUACCUCCCAACCGUUAACCUCACUGAGUGGCGUCCUGUAUCUCCCCUCCUCUUCCUGUCUAACUUUGGGGCUGUUCCAGCAUCUGCUCCUGCAUCAGAGCCUCCAAAGGAACAGACUCCGGCCACCCCAGUUUCACAUGCAGCACCAAUCCUUCCCCCAGUUGUGGUUUCUGGUGUGGACUUGGAGCGCCUGGAUCGUGUCGAACACCAGCUAGCUCUGCUGCGGGACCGAGUCCAGCAGGGAGACGAGAAGCAGGAUCAGCGUCACCGUGACAUCCUGGGUCUUUACACAACCCUAAGAGAGCAGCUCCACACUCAUACUGAAAGGGAGCGUUUGGAGGCGUGGAUGUCCUCCUUACUGGAGCAGCGACUCGGCGUGCUGCGAGAGAAACUGGAGCAGGAGAACACACACGCAGCACAAAGUGCAGAGCUGCAGAAACAGCAACAGGAAAGUCAGGCAGCACGUCUUGCAGAUUUAGAGUUGCUGCUUAAGGCUUUGGCAACGAGGACUGAGGAGAUGCAGCAGAAGCAGCAACAGUAUGAACUCCAUAAGGACGAGAGCGUGAAGGAGGUCAUCACACCAGCAGCGGAGACGGCUCCUGUCAGUGUGGGUGUGAAGCAGGAGGACCAUGACGCUUUGCUGGCAGAGGUGCAGAAGCUUGAGUUGGAGCUUAGUAGAAUCAAAGGGGACCUCCAGGGUGUUCUUGGAUGCAAGGGCCGAUGUGAACAGCUGGACACUCUGCAGGAAACGAUAUCUGGCCAGGUGUCCUCGCAGAUACGGAAAGAACUGCAGGCUCUGUUCUUUGGUGCUGGUGAAUCAGGAGAGCAGCAGGGUCAGGUGCCGGAGUCUCUGGUGCUCUGGCUGUCCCAGCGCUACGUCAGCACACCUGACCUGCAGGCGGCACUGGCCUCACUGGAGCUCAGCAUCCUGAGUAACAUCUCACAGCAGAUGGAGCUCAGCCGGUCCCAGACGCUCAGUGAAGCCAAGUCCCAAUCCCAAAACAUUGUUCAGACUAUAACCGGUACUGUCCACCACGCAUCUGCUUCUGAGGGGCUGAGUGAAGAGCACGUGAAGCUGAUUGUCCAGAACGCCCUGAAGUUGUACUCCCAGGACCGAACAGGCCUGGUGGACUACGCCCUGGAGUCUGGAGGCGGCAGCAUCCUUAGCACUCGCUGCUCUGAAACAUACGAGACAAAGACGGCCCUCAUGAGCCUGUUUGGGCUGCCGCUCUGGUACUUCUCUCAGUCUCCACGAGUCGUCAUCCAGCCUGAUGUGUAUCCAGGUAACUGCUGGGCGUUCAAAGGCUCUCAAGGUUAUCUGGUGAUCAGGUUGUCCCUGAGGAUCCUGCCAACGUCCUUUGUUGUGGAGCACAUCCCCAAGGCUCUCUCCCCAACUGGAAACAUCACCAGUGCUCCACGCAACUUCACUGUCUUUGGUCUUGAUGACGAGUACCAAGAUGAAGGAACACUCCUGGGAAACUACAUAUAUGAGGAGGAUGGGGAGUCACUGCAAAUCUUCCCUGUCAAGGAGAAGAACGACAAGGCCUUCCAGAUCAUUGAGGUUCGGGUCCUGUCGAACUGGGGUCACCCAGAAUACACCUGUCUGUACCGCUUCAGAGUCCACGGAGAACCUCGCUCCGAGUGAACCAACCACCUUACACUUCAAUAAACAUGAUCUAGCACUAUCUGUACAUAGCUCUCACCAGCUUCUUUAAUACAGGGGGCGUGGCCGUGUUUGUAGGAAAGCCAUGAAGAUGGAAGGUGUUGAUGGUUAAAGCAGUGUGGAGAGAUGGAAUAAUGGUUUUAUAAUUAGGAAAGAACCAGAGGAAGGUUUGUGUUCAGGUCCUGAAAGUCACAGAGAGAAUGGAACGUGCAGCAAGAAGCUACAAGUCCUCUUUUCAUUGCACUGAACAAGCUGAUGGGGGGGCUCACAGGCUCCCCCGAGCAGACUAGUCCAUCCCCACUUCUUCAGGAGGGCGAACAUUUGGAAUGGGGGAGACAGACUCAUCUCAACCAUCAUUUUUUUUUUUCAGCUCUUCUCACCAAUCGUGUUUAGGAUUGACACCACUUCAUGUCUGCCUGAGAUGAUGCCCAGGUCCACAGACUUAUAAAAUUCACUACAUCAUGGGCUUGGCCUUAUUCUUCACCACAACCAUCCAUAGACUUUAUUAUCUUUUAAGGACCUGAACGCGCUGCCUGCAGACGAGCUCUGAAUGUUGGAUCAACUGCUGGCUUGACACAAGUUUAUUUUAAUCACAGAGACACUAAAACCACUGAGAACGUGGCUCCUCACUAUGUAAUAUAGAUCAAAUGUGUCUGAUUAUGGCUAGACAUGCAGGAAGAAUACACUAAGCUUUUACAUGCAUCAUGCAUGUGAAGAGUAUGUUUUAUUCUCUUUCCCUUUACUUAAACACUCUUCACACUUCUCUGAGACCCAGAAGGAAUGUAACUAGUCUACUUCAUUGUUCAUAGUUGGUCUUUUUAUGAUAUCUACUUUUAUCAGUGUUGCUUUAUGAAAAUAAUCUUGUCUCAUUAAUAAUACCAUCAUAUUCCUAUUAUUUCUACUGAUGUUCAUUGUGUUUGCUUUUUUAUUUUCUUUUGGAGGGUUGGAAUCAAGAUGCACUGCAGCAGCUUGUCGGCAAAUGGUUUGAGGUUUUUAUUUGUUUUAUAAGAAAGAGUUAUUGUAACCAGUUGCGGAUGCAACUGUGGCUGAGUCUAAAAUGAUAUUUGUGUAAAAAUGUUUUGUUCACAAUUUUAUUUAUUUACAAGAUAAUUGGUGGCUGCAAAUUCUGAAUUGCUGCAGUGUAUAUUUUGUCGAAAGAUGUUCAGUGCAUUUUUGAAAUCUUUGGGAUUUUUUUAAAGAUAAAUGGCUAUUUUUGUUUAGUCAUGAAAUGACUUAACUGCUUUGGAAUAUAUUCCAAUAAAGACUUUAAUUUUGA